AUGGACGGCGGGUUAGAUGUGAAAAAGUUGGUAAACGAUGGGAAGCUGGACCUAAAACUCUUCAAACAAGAGUGUUCUGCCCUUAAAAGCUCCCUUGAUACCACCUGGCAACGCAAGAAAUCGAAACAAUCAGUGUCUGGCAGCACUUUUGGCAAACAUAUCAUCGCAUUAAAAGCGAUAAAUCGUAGGACUCAGCUCAGGAUCAAAGACCUCCGUGAAGCUACUUAUCAGAAAAAGCUUGCGGUCGACCAAAAAACACGGGAACUUCAGAAUCUACUUUACGAAUUGGAGCACCUUAAGGAAUCCAUUCAAACUUGCUUGGGGUUUAGAUCACUCCAUGAGGAGAUUAGCCUUAUUCCGGUGGAGGAAUACGCCAAAACUGUCUGCACCUCAGAGGCUUGUAAAUCAGAACAUCAACAAACGCUCGACCGCCUUUAUUGGGAGUUGCAACAGAGAAAAAAGUUGUUCAGCUUUGACAUUAUUUGUUUUGGUAGAUUACAUUCCAAUCUUAAUGAAAUCUCAAAAUCAAUGGCACAGGUCAAGGAAAAAAUAGCCACAAAGCAGGCAUAUCUUGACAGGAUUGGUGGAAACUUAAGGAAUAUUCUAGAAUCAACAAGGGCUCUUGAUUCUGAAAUGGGUUUCAAAAUAAGUGAAAACGAAGAAACAUUUCAGUCUGCCUUUGCUCUUCCGCCGCCUCUCUACAUCAUUUAUUCGAAAUUGAGCGCUUACAUUGACAGACGGGUGACUGUGAAAAUUGUUGGAGAUUCGGAAUUAGCGCGGUCGGUCAAUUCAGCGGCUUCUUUCAAUGUGGAUGAGGUCGAUGCAGAUUCCUCAGAAGUGGAUGACCAGGAUGGACUGCUAUUAAAAAGAAAGAAGACUCAUCGAAAGUCGAAACGCAUUGGAGCGGAAGACGAAGAACGGCCACAGCAUAAGACUGAUUCGCCCCACCCCCUUUCUGUCGUUGUGCACAUCGCCACCGGAUCUGAUGCGAAGUGGGCAAACCUGCAACUGACGCUGACCUUCACGUGGCUGAUGCGAGCUAGACUCGUUACUGUCAAGGAGGAGGUCCAUGAGAUUGAAAAACUAUGUCCUCUCUCACAAACGGCAAGGGACCUUCUCUCGUCGGAGGGGCUGCUGGCGCACUUGCAGUGCGGUGGGGAGGCUUCACGUUGGGAGGGCGGGGAGGCGGUAGCCGGCGGUACCGGACCAGCUUCGUUCCUUCCGCUGAGCAGUGGUGAUGAUGACGGCGGUCGUGCCUAUGCAUGGGCGCAGCACCUGGGGGGUCUCCAGUGCCUCCCCUACCUCGACUCCGCUCGCGAUACUCUUUUUCACGCUUCUACUUCUUCUUCUGUCACUGCCUCGUCGUCCGCAACCUCAGUUGAGCCCUUCGGAUUCAUCGACUCCUGGUUUACGGCUCUUUGUCGGCGUCUUGAAUCUCGCAUGUCUCUCAAUGCUGAGAUACACGCAAUUGAAAGUGGUGUGCUCAAUCUCUCAGAGAACCAGAAACCCUUCUUCCCCAUCAGUAAGGAUAUCUGUUUGAGCACGUGGGACCGUGUGACUUUCAAAGACAUAAGUACAUGGCCUCGUGCUCAAACUUUCAUGGCACUCGAUUUGAUUCAACCAUCAGAUGCCAUUUUCAAGUGCCAAAUGGCCUUUCGCGGAAAAGGUGUUUCACAAUUUCUCUUGCGUCACGGCAUUGUUCUCACUGGAUUUUUAGAGUCUACCGUAUUUAUAAAAAAGUAA